CAAGACAACGACAUUGUCAAUCCGGCAUUGAUUUCCAGUUAAUGAACAGGAAUUUUGAGGAAAUUUUUAUAAUUUAUUGAAUCAGUAUAGUUUUUGAAGGCACAAAGUUUAUAAUGGCGUGGGGCCUGCCAAAGCUACCGGGGCUGACGUUCCCAGACCCAACAAAGACCCAGCAUCACAUGCGAAGCUCGCUACGCUAUUAUCAGGGCCAUAGGUUCCCUGAUACCUUGAUUCGAGGACCAGGUGGAACUGAUACUGAUGUGGACAGCAACGCUUUUGCCCUGCCCGAGGAUUCAGUUAAUUUUGACCCGUCACUGACGUACGGAAGAGUGAAACAGGCGGCGCCACCGGCUGUUAUCCCGCACUGGGUCCAUUACGACAAGCGGUGCCUCAACUUCACAGCGUUCUUCAAGCAACCGGUGUACGAGAACCCGGAUGAGCACUACAGGAUCCGCGUCGUCAACAUAGUCUACUUCCUGGAAGAUGAUACGAUGACUGUGUCCGAGCCGAAAGUUAAGAAUUCGGGACUAUGGCAGGGGAAGAUGGUGAAGCGUGGCAAGAUUCCCAAGAACGACUUGGGGGAGUGUUGGCAUUGGAAAGACCUCGACGUCGGCAAAGAUAUUUGUAUUUACGGGAAAGUAUUUCACACAAUUUCGUGCGAUCUCUACACAAAGGAAUGGUUGGAGUCACAAGGGGUUGAGUUAUCCAAAGAAGAAGACCUACCAGAAGAUCCCUAUACAAAGAAAGAAAGAUGGAAGUCGGUGCAGCCUCCGCAGAAGAAGAAGCUUCAUGUAGAUACAAUGAGAAGGUUCUUGGAAUAUGAAGGAAAAGUACUCAGUUUCAACGUGGCGUGGGAUAACAGGGACUCUGAGAACGGAGAGCUAACGGAAUACAAGAUGAUGUACUUUUUGCAAGACGACACGAUUGCUAUUAAGGAACUCCACGAUGAUCGAGGCGGCAAAGAUCCGUUUCCCCUGCUGCUGAAGAAGAGGAAGGUUCCGAAGAAAUGGAAGGAAAGGCCAGUGACGUUUCCUUCAAUCGCGCUGGAGGUGACCGACGAUGAGGUGACGCAGUACUACUCGCCGAUAGACCUGAUCGUCGGCGAGACCAUCUUCGUGCUGGGACGACGAUUCCUGAUCUUCGACUGCGACAAGUUCACGAGGCAUUAUUACAAGUCAAUGUUGAAUAUUGAACAGCCGCAACGUAUUCAAGUAUUCCACGAAACGAAGAAGGAGUUCCCAAAGAGUCUGCCGCCUCACAUUGGUAUAGGAGCACCCGAAGACACACUGCAGUCUUGUUUUGGAUUGAUCCCAAAACCUCCAUUCAAGGAUGUCAUCAAAUAUAACCUCAAUGCUAACAAGUAUCUCCGUUAUUUGUGUGAAAUGGACUGGAUCCACCCAGAGGACAAAGGCCGACAGUUCGUAAUUGGCUACAGCCUCGCCGACGGCACUAUCAAAAUUAGCGAAAUACCGCGACGAAACUCCGGCAUACGCGAGGGGAAAUUCUUGAAACCAAUGCGACUACAAUUACCCGACUCUGACCCGAACUUUCCCACCUACUACACUCCGGAUAAAUUUUACAUUGGUGCAAUAAUUCCAGUGUUUAAACAUAAGUUCAAGAUAAUUGGAUGCGACCUGUUCGUUUAUCGAUACAUGAGUGCCAAUCCAGAGAAGUUCCCUCAGGAGGUCAUCGACAACGUCCGCAACUACCACAUGAGGGAAGGAAACCUGAAGGAUGAAUUAGAAGAAGCAGUGCGCGAGGAGCAAGCGGCAGAGACUCGAGCCCAGCUGGCGAAGAUCGGUCAGGCUGCCGUGGCUGAACCCAACGCCAUGGAGCGCUGCCUGACCGCCCUCAACGUGGUGGAGGGCAGCGCCACGCCACCGCGGCCGUCGACGCCGCCGAUGACGACUGACCACAUCAGCUACGAUGACACGCUCAGAUAUGCUUUACACAGCAAACCCACAUGUGACAACGUGGUCCCAUUGAAGGGUAUACUGAAGUCUGGUGCAUCGAAAGAUGAUGAACAAAAGGUGGUUUGUUUCACUGGACCAGCGGCUGAUGGGCACCGGGAGACACCCAGGGUAAAGCCAGUCUACCCUCCCGGACAGCAGCCGCAUUAUGAUGAUGAUGAAGACUUCUGUGAACACCUCAAGCCAGAGGACACACAAGAACGUGCGGAGAGACGCGCUCGAGAUGAAUGCGCGUACGAGAUAAUACCGAGCGAACAGGCACAGAAUGCGACCGGCGAGGAGGUGGUCGAGAAGCCACAUCUUCCAGGCUAUCUCGGAACUUACGACGUCGAUUGUAAGGCGGUUCCUGAAUAUAUGCGGCUAGCGUCGGAUGCCUAUGAUAACGUGAAGAAUAUGCGGCGUGAUGUUCCUGAAAUAUCUCCAGCGGCAGCGCGAAUAGCUGAUCACCCGAAAAUGUUAAGACCAGACGCUCCAGUCAGCACCUGUCUGGUCUCCGAGUCUACAGGCGGUCCCUGCGCCCCGAGGAAGCCUGAGGAUGUAGCCUUUGCGUGCGAGCACGUGGAGCCAGUGUUGCCUUGCUGCGAGCCAGAUAAAUGACAAUAAUUGCUCAGCCAGGAUGCCUUUAAAUAAAUUAUUUUACCUUUU